AUGAACCAACCUGUCAUCCUUUAUGCCUUAGAACGGCGCCAAAACGGCGCCAAGAAUGUGUUUCUCACUAAGUCAGAUGUAGAGGGCAUCAUCCGGAUCAAGCAGGGCGACGAGCAGGCGCCCUCAGGCCGGCGGCGGCGGGGUGCGGGAGGGGGGGCGGCAGUGCAGGGCGGCGCCAAGAACUACAGCAAGAAGGUGCUGCAGUUCUUCCAGACAGCCUCCCCCGCCACCAUGUGCCGCACCAUCCCCCUUGCGCUGGCGCUGCUGGCCUGCCUGGCCUUUGCCGCGCCCGCCCACGCCGGCCAUCUCUACACUGGCCCCGGCUCCUUCAUCAACUCGUUCACCUCCGUCGCCCCCAUCAAGCUGCCCGGCGCCGAGCUGCGCCUGGUGACCGCCGGCGAGAUCUUCGGCCUGAACCUGGCCGGCCUCUCUGCGCUGCACAUCAAACUCUCCCCCUGCACCAUCCUGCAGCCCCACACCCACCCGCACGCCGAAUUCGUCUUCACCAUCUCCGGCAAGGUGGUCCACUCGACGCCCUACAACAACAAGACCCUGACCGGCGUGGUCUCCAACACCAAGGCCGCCCUUGCCAAGGGCUUUGCCGUCUUCCCCGCCGGCCAGCUGCACGUCACCCAGAACGACGCCUGCACUCCCGCUGAGCUGAUCGCGUUCUUCCCCGCCCCCGCCCCCGACCUCUACUUCUACCCGUACACCGAGGCCUACCUGCCCGCCAACACCCUGGCCUCCUUCUUCGGCGGCAAGGUCAAGGCUGGUGACGCCUGGAAGCCCGUGGGGACCGCCAAGCUCGGUGAGCCUCUCUGCCUGCGCAGCAUGCUGCUCAAGUAUGACACAGACGUCACCACAUGGAGCCCCCAGGGCCGCAUCUUCCAGAUAGAGUACGCCAUGGAGGCUGUGAAGCAGGGCAGCGCCGCGGUGGGCCUCAAGAGCAACGAGUAUGCUGUACUGGCCACGCUCAAGCGCGCCCCCAGCGAGCUCUCCUCCUACCAGCGCAAGCAGGUCCCGCCAUGCCUGCCUGCCCGCCUCCCUCCCAUGCCGUGGACCAACACUUCCCUGCCGUGA